GGGCCCGGGCGCAGCAUGCUGUGGGGGGUGGGCCUGGCGGCUCCCCGCUCCUGCGUGGCGGACCUGAGCCGCAACCGCAGCCUGUCGCUGGGGUGGUGCGGGGGGCCGGAGGAGCCGCCGCCCGCCUUCUAUGGGGGGGGGGAGAUCGUCGCCUUCCCGCUGGCGGGCGGGGGCGCGGGCGGCACCAUGGCGGCGCUGGGCACCGACUCCUGGUGGAAGAAGACGCUGUACCUGACGGGCGGCGCCUUGCUGGCCGCCGCCGCCUACCUGCUCCACGAGCUGCUGGCCAUACGGAAAGAGCAAGAGCUUGAUUCGAAAGAUGCUAUCAUACUGCAUCAGUUUUCACGGCCUACCAAUGGCGUUCCAAGCUUAUCUCCCUUCUGCCUGAAAAUGGAAACUUACUUAAGAAUGGCGGAUCUCCCCUACCAGAACUAUUUUGAUGGAAAACUUUCCCCUCAAGGGAAAAUGCCUUGGAUUGAAUACAAUCACAAGAAAGUAUCUGGCACAGAGUUCAUUAUUGACUUUUUGGAAGAGAAACUUGGAGUGAAUUUAAAUAAACACCUUGGCCCGCAUGAAAGAGCUGUUUCCAGAGCAGUGACAAAAAUGGUGGAGGAGCACUUCUACUGGACUUUGGCUUAUUGCCAAUGGGUGGAAAAUCUUCACGAGACACAAAAGAUGGUUUCACUUUUUGGCCCCUUCAGUGACUUGCUGAAGUGGAUCCUCUGCCAUCUGACCAAAGGGAUCGUGAAACGGGAGAUGUACGGCCAUGGCAUUGGCCGCUUCUCAGAGGAGGAGAUGUACCAGCUGAUGGAGAAGGACAUGCGGACUCUAGCAAGCCUCCUGGGUGACAAGAAGUACAUUAUGGGACCAACCGUUUCCACUGUUGAUGCCACUGUCUUUGGGCAUCUGGCACAGGCAAUGUGGACACUCCCAGGGACUAGACCAGAGAGACUGAUCAAAGGUGAACUGAUUAACCUUGCUAUGUAUUGUGAAAGAAUAAGGAGGAAAUUUUGGCCAGAAUGGCACCAUGAUGAUGAUAACACUCUGUACGAAUCUGAGGAAAGCAGUGAAGCAAGCAAGACUUACUCCCCUUUGCAGGACUUCAGUUUUUAUUCAAGGACAGAAACAUUUGAUGAGGAAGGGAACAGUAUUUCUCAAACCCCUGACACAGAUUACACUGGACAUUCCCUCUUUGACUCGGAUGUGGACAUGGAUGACUACAGAGAUCAUGAACAAUGCAAGUGAUGCGUACAAGCAUCUCCCAUUUUGCAGACAAGCUGUUUCUUGGGAUCAGUGUGAUUUAUUUUCUCCUCCAGGUCAGGAAGAGGUUUAUACCACUUUGGAAGUGACCAUUGUGCUUGACUCAGCUGUCAUGUGCUACCCGGACUAUUUCAACCUUAAUUCAUUUUGUGUAAGUUUUCAGGUGGAACCAAGGUAAACAGUUAUUUAAAACACACAUGGGCAAACUGAAGGUCCAGAGGGCAACAGGACCUUUCAGUCUACGUUUUUGUUCGCACUCAAAACCAGAUUCUGCAACCAGGUGGGACAGACCUCCAGGAAGUGGAGCAUUUAUCAGAGCUGUUUUGUGUUGAUAUCUUAUCUUUACAGGAAUGGGUCAAGGACAAAGAUGGAAGAGGCAUGAUUGGCACACCUUUCUCCCAAGGAAGAAAAUGAUUGAUGCUGUAUUGAUUUGGCUGAGGUGUUUGGUUUUUUUUUUUUUUGGAGGGGAUGUGGGGGGGAUUUUAUUUGAUAGCUACCCACGCUCUGGGUGCACAUGCUACUUACAGUGUUUGCAGGAAGGAACUGCUCACAGUUCAAGGAAGGCAGGAGGGAAAAAAAUAUUUCUACAAAAAGGAGCUUUUUAGUAUUUCUUGUUCUUUGUAAAAUGUGGAAAUCGCUACUCCAGAAUAUUUUUAUUCAGAAGGGAAAUGUGAGUUUUAAUGAAUAACCUCCCAAACACUCAUCUGGAAUGUGUGUUGGCCAGAUUUCUUCUGUGUUUUCAAAUUAGUAUUAUGUUUUUACUUCCUGCCACUGGCUGUUGUCUGCUAUUGAUAGGCAAGGCUAAAGAAUUGGGAUGUGUUACUAAAAGUCCGGUGUGCCUCAGCAGUGGGUGCCCUGUGUUCUUUACCAACAGACACGUCAAACCUAUGAAGCUUGCAAAGCGAUUUUGGGGUGUUUCUAGGCAUGGGAUGCUGUGUAAAUGUAAGGUGUUGGCCCAGGCUUAGGAAGGUGCCUCAGAGGGUGCUGGGCACUGUGCUGGGUCACAGUGCACAAUCCCUGAAGCCGGUGCAAAGGAGGCAGUUGAGAUAGGGCAGCUGCCUCAGCACUGCUGUCUGUGGGGAUUUCCUGGUGCUGAAAGCAUGACCAGAAUUGAUUUUUAAGGUGCCUUUGCUAGCACAUUUGUAAAUCUGGAACCCCAAAUGCAGAAUGAUUGCACAGGUGCUGGCAUGCUUAGUGUUCGUGUCUCCCUAAAUGCAGGUUAGGCGAGAAUGAAUCCAUUGGAUUUACUUACCUGUUUGAAGGUAAGCAGUGUUGCUUGGCCAUGACUAGUUGGUUUUAAGUAGGGAUAAAGCAUAUAGAACUCAGAGACAGCUGUGGUAUUUGUAAACAUGUAUAAAAUUGGGUAUUUGCCUGCAGACUUUGGUAGUGGCCCAUUUAAAAAUAUUUUAAUUAUGACUUUCGCUAUAAGUUACAGUUAAAUGAAUUGGGAUCUUGCAGCAAAAUUUUUAUAAUGUAUUGGUUGUGCCAUACAUUCUGGGAGGAGACAGGGCAGGCAACUGCUUUAGAGCGUUAAUUGUUGGUAGUCCUAAUAGUUUGGAGCUUGAAAUAACUCCAGCUUUCAAAGAGUACCUCUUUUGGAUCGUGGAGUAUCUCCUGUAGAGGGAAGUGCUUACUCUGGGGAAAUGCUGAGUGAGCCGUGGCUCUGAAAGCAGGGGGACAUGUGUCUGCCGUGAGUUCCUGGGUCUCUUCAUGUAUGGGAGCCAGCCCAGUGAGAGCUGACAAGUUUGAUGUGGUCUGAGAUGGGCGUGAAUUUGCACCUGUUUCUUCAAUUCCCCAGACAUGUCCUUGGAGCCAUGUUCCAGUCAAUGAUCUCCACUAUUGUGGGCAAGUAUCAUUUGCAAAGUGCACCAAAACUGAGAAGGAGGAAGGCAUCAUCCACUUACUUGGGACUCUUCUCGGGAAACCAAUCACAGGAAUAGGACACAAGAAGAUAAGUCUUGGGCUUGAAAGCACAGAGGUGAUGGCCUGAAGCGCCUGUGAAACUUAAUAGCCAAGUCAGGGCAAAUGCUACCUACGGAGAUUAGGUAUUGAUAUUCUGGAUAAAAGGCAUCCGUGUCAAAAAGUUCCUCUUUAAAAAUGCUUGGGAAUGUGUUGGGAAUUCUUAUCGAGGUGUUCUCGUUCACUUACCUGUGUGUGUUUGAAGGCUGUGCUUCCUCCGUCUUUUCAGCGUUGGGAGGGUGUGCUUGCAGGUAUGGAGGCUCCUGCUGACAGCAGAUGAGUCCCAGCCAUAAGUCACAGUUAUUAAAAGACCAGCCUGAGUUCAGCAGACACUGUCACCUUUGUAAUUUCGGUGGGCUGACAGAUUUAUUUGUGGCAGGGGUCCUUGUGACAUCCCGAAACGUGGGUUAACCAGAAGUCAAUGGUGCCGUUUUACCCUCCCGCUUGAGCACAGCCAGAUUGGGAUUUUGCAUGGCUGUGCAUGGAGAUGGGAGACAACAAAGCAGUGGACAGCCGGUGUUGUGCCACAGCCCCAUUCUCCCGCCGGUACCCGGAGCUGUUGGCAUGGCGGAUAGAGCGGGUCCUGCCACACCAUAGCAUGAGUACCUGUGCUGAGGAUGGAGGUCCUGCCUGUCGGGGCCACAGUUACAUUCGCACCCAGCAUUUUUUACUUUUGUUUUGAAUAAAUCGGCGUGCCUCAGCGGAGGCUGAACUUCACCCUGACCAGCCAGGUUAACGGGCUUUGCCCCUGCAGAAGGUGAAGAGGAAAGGAUCAGAAGGGGGAGCAGCCUGUGGCUGUCGGCUGAGGCAUCCCAGGGUGUUAAUCAGUGAGGUGAAUGUAUUUUGCAGCUCGUCACAUGCCUGCCUUUUCUGAGGACUGCUCAGGUUAGUUUAGAGGAGAUGUUGGUUGGGAGAAGUUAGUUGGCUUUCUUCUCAUGACAGCUACUCUUGAUAAAGUCUGCGUUUCUGUGUUUGACUGUGUUUCAAACUACAGGUGAAACUAGGAAAACGGCAUCUCUUUAGGAAUUUAUAGGUGUAGUAUUUUGUCCAGGUUUGAUAGCCAGUCUUUAGGUUUAUUUAUCCCUUCCAGAAACAAAUACUGACUGUUAGACCUGUUUAAAAGGAUUUAAUCCAAACUUCUUUCCUUUGGAAGCUGGUCUUACUAAAGUGUUGUGGGGAAGGGCAGGAAUGUUUAAAAAGGAAAAAAAAAAACAAACUUUUUUAACAUCUGUGAAAGAAGUUUAAAUUAAUUUUGGUUUGCAUUGGGAAAGAGAAGAUGAGUUUUCUUCAAAAAAAAAAAAAAAACAACCAGAUUUUUUUGACUUGCCAAAAUUCUGCUAGAAGAGCAAUAUUUUCUUAGUCCUGCAGUGUUUUGAUUGAUUGGCUUUUUUUUUCCCACCCUCUUUGAUCAUUUCUAUUUUUUUUUAUCAUAGUGCUAAGGGGCCAUAUGGACGUAAAAUAGUUGGAGAGCAUCUUUAUUUCCUCUUGGUUUUUUUGCGUUGGUUUGUUUGUUUGUUUUUUUCGUCCCUCAUUGAUCAAAAUUGCAAGCAAAUCCAUCGUAGGGAUGCCAGAGGUCCUGGCUGCGCUGCUGCUGAGGGUCAGGGACAUCAGGUGUCUCUGCAGCAGUGAAACCUGGAACAGCCACAGGGUGCCGAAUGCCCGAUGGCUGAGCUGGGGUGGACACUUCAAGCUGGAGGGUGAAGGAUGCCAUGAUGUCAUGUCUGAGGUGACAUGGACCACAUAAGGUUUUCCCCUGGCUGAGGUUCCCACCACUGUGGCCAGACACUCAUUGUGGGGUGAUGUUAGGAAAGAUUCGGGGACACUUGUCAUGAGUCAGAUGUCCUUGAGGUCUCUGAGAGCAUCACAGCUGCCAGCGCCAAACCUGGUCGUGGUCCCAGCCGCAGCCCUGGGCUGGUUUCGGGUAGAUGGUGGUACGUGGUCCUGGCAGGAGGAAAGCUAGCUUGGGGCUCCUCCGUGCUGGCCGGCCCCUCCCAAAAUAGGGCAGGGGGCCUUGGAUGGUCAGGGAGGGAGGCAGCGGGUGGGAGAGGAGAGGGUGGGAUGCAGGAAGGGUGCCAAGUGGCAGGUUGCCGCAGGAGGACUGGGGCUGAACCUGUGGCCUGGCUAAUGCCACUUCCAGUGACUGGAUGGGAGCCCUCCCUGGUCACGAGCUGGAGCACAACCCCUCAUCCUAGCGAGGAGACAGUGUGGUGGUUCUUGGUUAUUUUACCUUAAAUACCGCUAAAGGUUGAGCACUGCCUUUGUUACCGUUGUGCUGCUUUAAGAGAACGGAUAAUUGGUCUGCUCCUCGUUUGGCAAAUGGGAGUUUAAAGCAAGCCCUGCAUUUCCAGAAGAGUUACAUUUGAAGCAGUCUGUUGUUUUUUCAUGCGAAUUGCAGUGUUUGACUAUGUAACACUCUGUCAUGUCAGAAGGGAUUUGUUUACCCCUGUUGGACUCAUUGGCUCUGUCAGCAGAGCUCACUGUUACCGAGUGGGAGAAACAGACGCCGGGAUGUAUAGGUCCUACAGAAAUCCUACAAAUGUGGUGCUUGAUUUAAAAACCAAACCAAACCCGAUGUUUCAGAUCUGGAGGACUGUUCCCAUCCAAUUAUAACACUGCAAGUCACACGUUUUGAUCUUUAAAACCUUGGCAAUGUCCCUCCAGAUCUAUAUUCUCUUUGAAAAAUAUUGCCUGAAAUAUUUCUGCAGUAACAGUUCAGGCACAAAUUUCCUUUUGUCAGUGAUGUCUGCUCAAGUAAUCAUGACAGUUUCAUACUGUUUUCAUCGAAAGGGCUGUAUCUGUCAGAUACUAAGCCUUACAAAAUAUUGCCUGCUGGAAAAGUGUGUUAUGUGCAGAUUUAUGCAGGGCAGCUCACCAAGUGAAAUUUCUGUGGCAGGGGAUGAAUUCAAGUGCAUCUUGUCCUUAGAUGUUUGAAUAAGAAUUCAAAUCUGUUUUCUGCCAAGUAGCUAUUUAGCCUACCCCCCACCCCCAAAUACCGCAAAAUUAUGAAUUAGGCAUGUGAUCAAAAUAAAGCAAAUUAUG